UUGUGGCUUCAUUUUUGAGGGUGAGGUGUUCUGAGUGUCACUUGGUGUUUUUUGAUAUCGUUAUUUAUAUUUUAAAAUGCUGAAGUAGUACAGCGAUCGGGAAAGUGCUCAAAUAUGUGUCGUGAUAGUGAUUUAUAUAAGUAUAGUUUCAUUAAAGUGUAGUGUCCACCAUGUUUCGAUGUAUACCUUUGUUCAAAUGUAAUCGUCAAGUGGAAUGUGUAGACAAGCGGCACUGCUCGUUGCCAACAGUACCUGAAGACAUUUUACGUUAUUCUAGGAGUUUAGAGGAACUUUUUUUGGAUGCUAAUCAUAUAAGAGAUUUACCGAAGAAUUUCUUUAGAUUACAUCGGUUACGACGAUUAGGACUUAGCGAUAAUGAAAUUCACAAGCUACCAGCAGACAUACAGAACUUUGAAAACUUAGUGGAGCUAGAUGUAUCCCGAAAUGACAUUCCCGACAUACCAGAAGACAUCAAGAAGCUGCGGGCGCUGCAGAUCGCCGACUUCAGCAGCAACCCGAUCCCGCGGCUGCCAGCCGGCUUCAGCCAGCUGCGCGCGCUCACCGUGCUCGGCCUCAACGACAUGUCCCUCACCAGCUUACCGAGCGAUUUCGGCAGCUUGGUGUCUCUCCAAUCACUGGAGCUAAGAGAAAAUUUGUUGAAAUCUCUACCAGAGUCGUUAAAAAACCUAAUUAAGCUAGAACGGUUGGAUCUCGGUGAUAAUGAAAUUGAAGCACUGCCUGGGUUUAUCGGUGAGCUGCCCGCAUUACAAGAAUUAUGGCUCGAUCACAACAAACUUCAGUAUUUACCUUCGGAAAUUGGCAACUUGAAAGCUUUAAUUUGUUUGGACGUUAGUGAAAACAAGCUAGAGAAGAUUCCAGAAGAAAUCGGGGGUUUAUGUUCCCUUACAGAUCUGCAUUUAUCGCAGAAUAUGCUUGAAACAGUACCAAACGGUAUUGGCGAUCUGGGAAAAUUAGCGAUAUUGAAAUUGGACCAAAAUAGAUUACAUACAUUAAACGAGAACGUUGGAAGGUGUACAAAUCUACAAGAGCUUAUAUUGACGGAGAAUUUUUUAAUGGAACUGCCAAGAUCGAUUGGCAAUCUAAACGAGUUGACGGUACUGAAUGUGGAUAGGAAUUCCUUAGGCGAUAUACCGCAAGAGAUCGGCAACAUGACGCUGUUGGGCGUGCUCAGUUUGCGAGACAACAAGCUCACGAAGCUGCCAAAUGAAUUAGGAAACUGUAAAUCCCUCCAUGUGUUAGAUGUAAGCGGCAAUCGAUUACAAUAUCUUCCAUACACGCUAGUGAAUCUGGAGUUAAAAGCGGUCUGGUUAUCAGAGAACCAAGCUCAGCCAUUACUCACCUUCCAAACAGACAGAGACGAGACAACCGGAGAGAAUGUGCUAACUUGCUUCCUCCUGCCGCAGCUCAGCUAUACACAACAGCCAGAGUUGGAACACACGUCAGAGGUCGGCAGUGGCACGUGGUUCAGGGAACACAGAUUUAAUUCUCAGUCACAAGAGCUUGAUAGGAUAAGAGAGUCGACAUUUUCACGUGACCACGACUCUGACGACGAUUGGGAGGAAAAAGAAGCGUCCCGCACUAUUUCUGUGAAAUUCACCGAAGACAUGCCAGAAGCCAAAGAGACCCCAUUCGUGCGGCAAAACACACCUCACCCGAAGGAGUUGAAGGCGAAAGCCGUGAAACUGUUCACGAGGACACCGGAGGCGCCGGCGCAGACCAACGAAGUUCCGACCACCAAUGGGAUCGUCGCGUCGCCUGAGCCUGUGCAGACUGUUACGGAGAUUAUCGAACCACCGCAAAUACAGCAAGCGCCAGUGGCACCGGAAGUUACGCAGGAGGAAGAUAGCGACAGUGAAACGGCUGACGAUAAAGAGUCUUCUGAAGGGGAAAAUGACGACAACGACGAUUCUGACGAAUUGGAGGCAAUUAAGAAACGGGAACAACCAGAAGAACAUAAAACGGACAAUGAAGAGGAAGUGGACGAUGUACCUGAUGGUGAGUCAGUAUCGGACCGUCCGGAGAGCGAAGCGCGUAUAGUGAACGACCAGAAAUGUAUGGAAGUGCGGAUAGCGCGGGCGGCGGGCGGGCUCGGGCUCAGCAUAGCGGGCGGGAGGGGCUCCACUCCGUACAUCGGCGACGAUGAGGGCAUCUUCAUAUCGCGGGUCACCCCCAAUGGACCGGCUUAUUUGGCUGGACUUAGGGUCGGUGAUAAAGUGUUGUCGGUGAACGGCACGUCGGUGGUAGAUGUGGACCACUACUACGCGGUUGAGGUGCUUAAAGCUAGCGGCCAAACGCUCACUCUGGUCGUGACCAGGGAAUCGCCCACGUCGACGAGAACACACAGCCGCGCGGCGAGCGGCGCUAGCCAUCACUCAGUAUCGACCGCUGAUACGGUAUCGACGCUCGAGAACGGACAGAUCCAAACGGGUCGAGGCGUGCCCAAAGCGCUAAUCAUCAGCAACCCGUACGCGCAAGAGUUCGAGCCGGAGCAGAAGGAGCACGUGAUACACACGAUAGUGACGAACGUGUCGCCCGAGCCCGAGCCGCAGCCCGCGCACUACCAGCGGCUGCAGGCUUCGCCGCCGCCAGCUACGCAGCCUUAUGUACCACCCGCGUACCAGCAGAAGGUGCUGGUGCACACGACGCUGAUCCGCGACGGCGCGGGGCUGGGGUUCAGCAUCGCGGGCGGGCGCGGCUCGCCGCCGUACCGCGCCGACAGCCACGCGCUCUACGUGUCGCGCGUCUCGCCGCACGGCGCCGCCGCCAAGGACGGCAAGAUGCUCGUCGGCGACCGCCUCGUCUCGAUAAACGGCGUCGAUAUGGAUAAUGCAACACACGACCAAGCAGUAGCCAUGCUCACGGGACACGAAAGAUUUGUGAGGCUCGUCUUACAAAGAACCAUCACGCCAGAACAAGCGGAGAUCCUAUCGAGAAAGUCAACAUCGGAAGAAGUGAGAGAGCACAAAACUAGCCAGCAAAACUUGAACGUCACUAACACCACGAAACCGAUCUCGAAUCACGUAUCACCCACACCCGCACACAACCACACGAUGCCGCGUGUAACUACUCAGAUCGCACCGCAGGUUACACAGAUACCGCCGAACCAACAAACACAAACGCUACCGAAACCGCAAACGCAACCGAUAACGCAACCGCAACCACAACCGCAACCCAAGUACGCACCGAAUGUCGCCCCGCCGCAACCCGCACCAAGAAAACUGAGUCAAACUAACGGAACGGCGGAAAGGAAAUCAACUAACAGUGCGAGCACGCCUUUAACUCCUGGCGCGAAUAAAUUGCACGGCUCUAACGACGACGUAUUCGACGACAUUCAGCCGUCUCGGCCAAUCACGAGCGAGGAGUUCCAAGCGAUGAUCCCGGCGCACUUCCUGGGGGCCCCGCGCGCCGCGCCGGAGCCCCCGGAGCGCGGCGUGCGCAUCACCGUGCAGAGGCCCGCGGGCCCCGCGCUGCCCCCGCCGGGGCCCCCCACACUCGGCCGCGUCACCGAGACCAUCACCAAGUCCACCUUCACCGAGACCACGGUCACCAGGGUCACCGAUAACCACCUCGUCGCGCCGCUCAUUAUUGAAGAUGUGACAUUAGUUAAAGAAGGCGGCUCUCUAGGAUUCAGUAUAAUCGGUGGAACGGAUCAUUCGUGUGUGCCAUUCGGAGCCAAGGAACCUGGAAUAUUUAUAUCUCACAUCGUUCCCGGCGGCGUGGCGGCUCGGUCCGGCAAGCUGCGCAUGGGCGACCGUCUCGUCAAAGUGAACGGAACAGAACUGACAGGCUCCUCCCACCGCGACGCGGUACAGCUGCUGCUGCAACCGGGGGCCACGCUCACACUGACCGUGCGACACGACCCGCUGCCGCUCGGCUUCCAGGAGUUAACGAUAAUAAAGCAAGAGGGCGAGAAGCUUGGUAUGCAUAUUAAGGGUGGAUUGAACGGGCAACGCGGCAAUCCGAAUGAUCCAAACGACGAAGGAGUGUUUAUAUCGAAAAUUAACAGCGGUGGAGCGGCUAGAAGAGAUGGAAGACUUAAAGUGGGCAUGCGGCUGCUGGAAGUGAACGGCGUGUCCCUGCUGGGCGCGACGCACAACGAGGCGGUGAACGCACUGCGCUCGGCCACGCUCGCGCCGCUGCACCUCGUCGUGUGCCACGGGUACUCGCGCCCCGACAAGUUUACGACGGGUAGCGAGAGCGGGACGGCCGAGACGGGCGGUUCGCUGUCUCACUCCACCUCCAGUCUCGAUAGAGACGAAACGAUGCAUCAACAACAGGAUCAUAGCCCGCAGCAAGAUAUAGUUGAAUUCGAACACGAUAGGCAAGUUGCUGAAAUGAGGGAAAAAUCGACACCCGAAAAGGUGAUGGACAUAGUGCACGCAGUGGAAAGCAUCGCCCUAGAGCCGGGUCCACCGUCCCCAGAGCCGCAACACAAGACGACCACAGUGGUGAUGUCCAAACACACGCUGCAGCCUCAGUCGUCUAGCUCUCAAGCGGCGCCGCUAUCGCCGCUGGCGGUGUUCACGGAACAGAAAGUGAAGACGCCGUCCCCCGCGCCCGGCGACGCGAGCCCGGCCCCACACCCGCACACGCAACACCCGCAACACCCGCCCAACCCACCCGCCAAACAGAAACCUCAAGUUCCCCGCAAACCGCAAAUCAAGCGAGUUAGUUUCACGCCGGAUUCCGACGACGUACAUGAAAUAAUAUCGCCCACGAAACGACCGACCUCGCUAUCCGAAUCGCAUGAGUUGCAUGACCGCGACCCGAGUGACCGCUCGAAUACUAACGAUGCAUGCUCCGACAGUAGGCCAUUACUAAUCCGCCACCAAACUACAGUCGAGACACAUGAACCGAAAAAGUUAACGCCCGUCGUUCGGCCGGAAGAUUUUAUAAUUCCCCCUCCGCCAUUAUUCGCCACUAAAGUAAGUGAAAGUCAAUUAGUUCACGACAUCGUAAAAGGCGUAGACGUCCCGCUAAUCGCUGUUGUCCCCGAACGCAUCGUUCUGCCCGAGCCGACCGUGGCAGAGACGACCGUGCAGUCGUCUAACUCCACGAAUUCCCCAGAAACUGAAUUUCCACCCCCCGUAAAUUAUGAAGCUUUCCCGGCUUUUGAACCUACAAAUAAACGUAGUGAUGAAUCAUCACGAUCUAUUAUAUAUUCCGAUGUGCCUUCACCACAAGUCUUCCGUAGCGAACCUCCUUCAUUAGAAAGUGAUGAAAUAUAUUAUAAUGAGCUAUCAGUCAGUCCAGGUACGGCACCGGAACCGCCUGCGUUACUUCAUGCUCAAUAUAAAACGCUUCCUACAGUCUCACACGUGCCUAAUUCUCCCUGCUAUUUACAUCCAGACAGAAAUUAUUUCGAUGAUAUGUCGAAGUCAAAUGAGAGUCAAUCAUUGAAAGAUUUAAGAGUUAAAAAUAUAUCAUCUACUAUGGUACAUUCGACGACGUAUCCGCCCUACAAUCCUUAUCCUUCAUUAACUACUGUAGCGGGAACAUACAAUCCUUAUACGUGUGUAGUUCCUGAAAACACUCAUAAACCUACAUAUUCAACCCAAAAAUCUUUAUCACCAUCAUUAGUAACUUCAGUAAGCAAGGACAUAAACGCUAAUCUUACACAACCUGGUCCGCUUGUGGGUAAUCGACCUAAGAGUGCGCAGUCUGAGAGAAGAGUACGUUUUGGCGAAGUGACGAGUGCUUUUGAGUACGAUAUUUUGCCGAAAAGUUUGGAAACAAUGAGAGAGGGGAGCUCCUCGCCUGCACCAACCCUCAAACCCGCAUGGAGCAGCAAAACCAAAUCCUUCGCCACCGGCGAGGCUUCCCCACCUCAUUCUGGUAAAUUUGUGAAAGCAUCUGUCAGCGAUAAGAAAAAGUUUUUCGAAAACGCAAUGGAAGAAAGCCACAAAUCAUCACCUAAACCAGAAAAAGUUUUCACAUUCCUGUCGGCGGAUGAGGUGGAGAAAUUGAAGCAGGAAGAGGAAAGGAAAAUGGCGUCGUUAUCUCGCUCCGAGCUCAGGUCUUGGUCCCCGGGGGAGGACCGACACAGCGGAGACAGCGAGCAUUCCGACGAUGAGCCGUACGAGAACGGCCAUAGCGUAUCCCUGGGCGGCGUGAGUCCGUCAGCAAAAUCUCAACGGCGGCGACAAGCUCGCUCGCCGUCCGAGCACGAGGACGAGCACGAGCGGGCCGCGAGGCGGGCUGCCUGGCGAGCCGCUAGACUGCGCUCGCUUGAACAGGAUGCAAUUGAGUCACAAAAAGCAAUUAAAAGCAUGGUGGGCCCGGCGCAUGACAUCAUAGGAGAAGUACCUCCGAGGGACAGAUCUCCUUCAGAGAAAUGGCCCCUGCCACGUAUCGCGUUGCGUACAAAACCGGGGCCGAUACUGGCCGUCAAGGAGAAGGAAAAAUUAUUAGACGAGAGAAUAACGCUUCGCACGGAGGAAUACGUGUGUCCCGCCACCGGCGAGACCAAAGUCCGAACUGUCGAGUACAUUGAGAAAGUCAUUGAGAAAGAGGUCGAAACGACGCAAGAGAAAAUAAUAUCGUUGGAGCUGACGACGAGCCCCAGCAGCGAGACGGCGCCCACAGAGCUGGCGGGCGCGAUGGGGCUGGGGGAGGGGGAGGGCGAGGGGGAGGGGGAGGGGGAGGGCAGCUCCCUCCAGCCUGACAUCGUGCAGGUUGUCAACCCCCUGCUGGACGGCGGCGCGGGCCACGUCACCGCCAUCCCCGUGGGGCCCGCGCACAGACUCACCGCCUACUCGGAGCACCAGUAGACCCCCCCACGCGCGAAACUAGAAUAUUUUUAUUUUUCUUUCAUAAUUUUGCUUUGCCGUGCAAAAUUCUUUUUAAAGAAACGCGUAAAAAUAAUUUAUUAGUUGACGGCGCGAACGUCCCGGCCGGCCUCGUGAGCGCCAGAACGCGCGAGAUACGUAGCAGCCGCGGCCCCGACUCGCUCCAUCCGAGCGACGAACUCGUUUGUAGAUUUCUUCAGAACAACGAACGUUUUAAUGUUUCCAUCUUCUGUAUUAUAACUGUGAUAAUAAAAUAGAAAUUCCACCGAUGUAUAGAGGCCCGUCGAAGAAAUCCACCAACGACUUUUUUUUUAUAAAUCGUGCAUUUUCUUAUCACAAUUGUUUUAUUUUUUUACUAUUAUUUCGCGACGGAGAUUCGUGUACGAGAUGCGUAUCUAUUUUGAUAUUGUACUUUGAAUACUUUACGUAUUGUAAUAUUUUCAUUCCGUGCAAGAUUUUAUUGUUUGACUGAAUGCCGAUGCAGUACUUGUGUACUUUAGGAGCGAUAAGAAUUCAUCGGGUCGGUAGGCGAGAUUACUUAAGUGUAGGUACAAACUAUCAGUCACAUGUUUUAUCAGAUAGACAGACUAUAUUUGGCAUCACAGUCUUAUUCGUUCGACACUUUGAUCAUUUUUAAGUACCUUUAACGUAGUUUAUAAUUUUUAUUUUUGUAUUGUCAUCAUUCGUACAGUAUUUGUGUUUUAACUGGUGUAUUAUUUUAAUUUAAUAAUUUUAUUGUAACAAUUAUGUAUGUGGUGCCUUAAUUCUAAAUGGAUUAAUUAUUGUAAAAUAGCGAUUUUUAACAAUGUCAACUCUAUUCAUAAUGAUAAUAGAUUCCAAUUUAAUUGUAAUUAUACAAAUAGAAUUUUUGCAUUUGAACUUAGCGAUGCUGUAUUGUCUUUUUUAAAUGUAUAAUUAUUGUCUAUUGACUAAAUCUCAACAAAUUGUAUAUUUCCGUUGAUAAAUGUUUUUUGGAAAAAUAAUUUAAUAGACUCAUGUUAGUAUGUACCGCGUGUUGAUUGAGAGAGUGGUGAAUGUGUGUCCUUUGUAUCUUUUUAAGACUCUUUAGCUACAUGUGGAUUGUAAACUAAUGGAAAUAUUGGAUGUUUGUCCUAUAAAUGGUUUAAUAUAUAUUUUAAUAAAAUGA